AUCUCUGCCGCCUCCAGCACCGUGCAACCUCUAUCCCCGUCACCGGCGAAGCCUCGUCUCAGCUGAGUAAUAGUGAGGAGGAAUCCGCCUUGGGCUACUCAGCUUCAGAUAAAUUGGCAAAUUCUCUGGCAGAGUUCAACAAUAAAUCUCUCCGACAUAAAGAAAAUUAAGCACGAAAAUCCAACAUUCCAGUUGGGAGCACUACAAUUCUCUUACCUGAAAAUAACUCCCGAGGAUUCCUGAGUAGCAUACCCAGGCAAGCUUAUAAAUUCUUUUGGAGUUGGUGUAAAUAAUGGGAAAGAAAGCAAAAGGCUCAAGGAAGGGUAAGAAAGCAUGGAGGGCUAACAUUAGCACGGAAGACAUUGAAGACUUCGUUGAGAAAUCGACUAAGGAUGCUCUCUCUGGUGGCCCUAUGGAUUCCGUUCCCAGCGAAUCCCUCUUUUUUGUCGACAAGUCUAAAGAUCUUUCUGUGAAGAAGAAGAUUGAAAAACAUAGGGAAAAAGUACUCCAUUGUGACAGCUUGCUACAGAAGAAUCCAUUUUUAAACCCAGUGCCAUCUUCAACUUUGAAGAAGUCUACUAAAAAGCACAAAGAAGUCCAUAAUGCAAAAGAGGCCACUCAAGAUGACCUUAAGGUUGAUUCUGGCUCUGCUUCUGGCAUGUUUGAUCUUUGGGGAGAUAUAGAUGAGGACAGUGGCAAGGUCAAAAAGGCGUCAAAGCCUUCUCUUAUUCCAGCAGUAGAAGUUGAUCCUCCUGGGUGCUCAUUCAACCCUUCAUUUGAAAGUCACCAGGACACAUUAGCUUGUGCUGUUGCACAAGAAAUGCAGAAAAUCUACAAAGAUGAAUUGGGACCUGAACCUGUACCAUUAACUGUCACUGGAGAAGCUAUUGCUGAGGAAGAUAGGUAUUUUCUUGACGUGGAUGAUGGGAGUGAUGAUGAGGAAGAGAAUCUUGAAAAUGAGGACACUGAAUUGGAGAAGAGGCCUACUAAAACAAAAAGAGUGACUCGAGUUGAGUUGAACAAGAGAACAAGGCGCAAAGAGCAAUUAAGAAAAGAAGUGGAAGCAAAGAAAUUAGAGCAGUUGUCAAAAGAAAUUGAUGGCGUACAAAAUAUCGUUCAAGAGAUUGAGAAAGAAGAUGAAGAGAAGCACAAAAAACGUCUCAGGCGACUUGUUGCUAAACAAGAGAGGCUGAAGUCACGUCCACCUCGUUUAGGAAAAUACAAAUUUGAGCCUGAGCCUGUUCAAGUUCUACUCUCUGAAGAGAUAACAGGGUCCAUCCGGAAGAUCAAGGCUUGUUCCACCCUGGUAAAGGAUCGAUAUAAAAGCCUGCAGAAGAGAGGAUUGAUUGUUCCAACUGGCCGAAGAAGGAAGUUAGGCAGGAAGUAGACAUCGCCUUAUAUUUCAGGGGAAGAGGAAAAUGCAACAGAUGCAUGAAAGAUGAAGAUGAUCUAUCAGAUGCCAAUUUUGUUUGUCUUUUUAUUUGCUUUAUACCCUUUUGUUUUCUCUAGUUUAUUCUCCUUAUGAAAUCAAGACUGCUUUGCGUGUUUGGAUAACUAAGAUUCAAAAUAUAGUUUAACUAAUGUGUUUUAUUCCGAUUUCAUAGUCAAAGUUACAACAGAAUAUUUGGUGUAACGCCGCAAAACUUCUACAAGAUUAUUUUAUAUUAAUGAGCUUA